GUGGCUCCCAAGGGCAUGUCUCAGGUGGUCACCAUGUCGUGCGGCUCUUGCUCCAACGAAAACGCCUUUAAAACCAUCUUCAUGUGGUACAGGAACAAAGAACGGGGCCGCAACAGUGUGACUAAGGAAGAGCUGGAGACCUGCAUGAUCAACCAGCCUCCGGGUUGCCCGGACUACAGUAUGCUGUCCUUUAUGGGUGGAUUUCACGGGAGAACAAUGGGCUGCCUGGCCGCCACCCACUCGAAAGCCAUCCACAAGCUGGACAUCCCGUCCUUGGACUGGCCCAUCGCGCCGUUCCCGAGACUGAAGUACCCGCUGGAGGAGUUUGUGAAAGAGAACGAACAGGAGGAGUCCCGCUGUUUGGAGGAGGUGGAAGAUUUGAUCGUGAAAUACCGGAAAAAGAAAAAAGUGGUCGCCGGCAUUAUCGUUGAGCCGAUUCAGUCGGAAGGCGGAGACAACCACGCUUCGGAUGACUUCUUCCGGAAGUUGAGGAACAUUGCCAGAAAGCACGGCUGCGGUUUCUUGGUGGACGAGGUGCAGACGGGCGGCGGCUGCACCGGAAAGUUCUGGGCCCACGAACAUUGGGGCCUGGACGACCCAGCCGACGUCCUGUCCUUCAGUAAGAAGAUGUUAACCGGAGGAUUUUUCCACAAGGAGGAAUUUAGGCCCAAUGCUCCGUAUCGGAUUUUCAACACGUGGCUCGGCGAUCCCUCCAAGAACCUGCUGCUCGCGGAAGUCAUCAACGUCAUUAGAAGAGAGGACCUGCUCAGCAACGCCACCCAUGCAGGGAAGGUCUUGUUGGCGGGGCUGCUAGAUUUACAGAAUCGCUACCCUCACCUGAUCAGCCGGGCGCGAGGACGGGGAACGUUCUGUUCAUUCGACUCUCCAAACGACGCCAUUAGGAACAAGCUCAUAUUAUUAGCCAGAAACAAAGGUGUCGUCUUGGGAGGCAGCGGCGACCGGUCGAUCCGUUUCCGGCCCACCCUGGUCUUCCGAGACCAUCAUGCGCAUCUCUUCCUGAACAUCUUCAGCGACAUCUUGGCAGAUUUCAAGUAGCGGAGUCUUAACCUUGCACUACCGAGAGCCCAAAUCCUACAAAAACCUGAGAUUUAGUUUAUUUAAAAUCAUAUAUUAUAUAUAUAUCUAUUUUCACUAACAGGUUUUUUUAAAAAAACUGUUAUUUUCCCAUGCUCACCACCAAUUCAAGCUGCUUCGGACUAGAACUCUGGACACCGCUGGCGCUUCUGGAAUCUCUUGCGAGCGUUCGGCGUUCCGGGGUAGCGGGGUUCAAACAGAUGGCGGGAGCGGGGCUUUUCCUUCCACUCCAUUGUUCAGCAUGUGCCAAAUCUUAGACGAGGGGAGGAAUUUAGUUCCUCCGGAAUCUCUCACCUUUCAAAAAUAAGCCGCUAGCCCUCGGGGCUGGGGACGACAUUUUUGAGAACGUUGCCGCAGCGCCACAACUCUGUACAUGCUAAUGGUUGAGGCGGAACUCCCAGAUGCGUUUGGGGCUCGCUCUGAGGCUGCUCGGUCACUGUGCCCCUUUCUGGGCCAUUUCCUUUUCCGUCUUCCACAGCCGGCUUAAAUUAGUGCCAGGGUUUCUUUUGUAGAUCGAGGCAGAAAGGCUGAGCAACGCCGCAUCUGCUCUUCAUCUCCACCCCCUUUGGAGUACGAGUCUGAGGGGAGAAAAGACUUUGGGAUCUCCGGCCAGUUCUCGGGAGCCUCUCUUCCGACCCGGCAGAGGUCUGUCCCAGAUUUCCUGUCCUUUCGACAGAGAGCUGGGGCCAGAGAUCUUUGGCAUGCCCAUCACCCGCUUCGCCACUGAGCUGCGGCCCGAAAUGCGCUGCUCUUCUCUUUUCCACAGUCGCCAACAAUACAACGUGCCCUUUUAGGCCGCUGCGCACAAUCCCUUCUUCAACAAGCUGCCCCGGCUGGGACCUGACGUAGGUGCAGAGAGGCCUCGAGUUGACGCCAUAGCUGGAGCCAGAGAACCAAUUCUCCGAACAGUGUCAGGAGUUGGCCCGUGUGACACCACCUUCCAGGGGCUUAACCAACCCCAUCAUUUCAGGCAGAAAAGGCCAGAUGUGUGUGACCGGGGUGGUGGUGUUCCAAGGACCUGCUGGGUCUGACUUACCUCCCCGCCAUCAGGGCUUUUUUUGUAGAAAAAGCCCAGCAGGAACUCAUUAGCAUAAUAGGCCACAC